AUGUUGCAGCAGCUGUUGUUCGUUUCAGGAGCGUUACCCUUGGAAGCUCGAGUUUGCGUGCACAGGGAUUCACCGAUACCGAUUUGCGAGGCAGGAGACCGAAAGCACUGGAGGCGCCACCCCAAGGGUGCAACGCAACCCAGUUUGCAGAGCCUCGGACGGCCGUUGAUCUUUCCGAAGCUGAGCGAGCUUUUCAGCCGAAGUUUGACUGUCAUGGCGCUCGACCCUGAACCUCGAGCAGGACGCAGUCUUGGUCGCUCUGUAGAUGACGCUGGGAGCCUACGCUUUCACGCUGGGGACGGCCUGGUUCCGAACGAGCUGGUGGAGGCGCGGAGCAGCUUCGGUGCACUGCCCCCGCGACACUGCCUCUUCGCGGAGUUUCUCGGAACCGCGCUGCUGACGACUUUUUCCGGCUUAAUCGGCCUUUCGAGUCCUGCUGCAGUGCCGUUUCUUGCGGGUGCAAUGAUCUCCUGUAUAGUACUGAGUUUCAUUCCCACGUCAGGAGCGCUUUUGAACCCUUUUGUGGUGCUCGCGCUCUACGUCACAAAGCGCCUGAGACUGGUACCGAGCCUUGCGUAUACGGGCGCUCAACUUGCUGGCGGCACUCUGGGUGCCGUUAUCUUUAGCCUCUUGGCGACGCCAGACAUGUAUAAUCGUGUGGCGGGGGGCACGGUCUCAUUGCAGACCAACAUGUCUCUAUGGCAGGGAGCGGGCUGGGAGUUUUUCCUCACAUUUAGCCUGAUCUCGCUAGUUUCAACAAUGGGGUUUGCAGCCUUCGAACUACACGCAGAGAACGAAUACGCUCGUUGGAUGCAGCAGGCUGUAUUUGCGCUUCUAAUAGGAUUGCUUGUUGGAUUCCUUGUGGGUGUCGGUGGCCCGAUAACGGGAUGCUCCAUGAACGGCGCACGCGCUUUGGGGCCGCUCGCAGUCGCGCAGCUCCGGGCAUGGAUGACAGCGGCUUCUCCAGAAUGGCUUGAACGGGCAUCUCGAGGUCAUUUUGUGAUCUACUGGUUGGCACCGGCUUUGGGCUCGGUGACUGGCGCCCUGCUCAUGGAACAUGCCAUCGUAUCACCUUGGCUUGGGCGUGCUCCAAAAUCUAUCCUGCAGGAUUUGAGCGUCUACACCAAGCGGAACAUGGCUCAGCUGCGUAGCUAUGGUACAGCUGGGCUCCUUGCGUAUGGGAUUCUGAACACCAUUUUUUACGGUUCGGUUUUCACAUACAGUUUGGUCUUUGUCUUUGCAUCGCAGCCUGGGGCAAUCGCCAAGGCUUGGGCGGCGAGCUGGGUCGCAAGUCAAGCGACGAAACCUUUUCGACUUUUUCUGGCGAUCGCUAUGGCGCCCUGGAUUCGACGACUCCUUGAAAGGCUUCCUUGGAAUCGGCACCAAAGCUAA